AUUCGAUCGAAGCGGUCGGCAAAUUCCUCCUUUUUAUCUUCUUUUCUUCACUCGCUUCUCCAGAUCCGCCUCCUCGCCAUCGAAGGAGAAGGCGGCGGCACAGCCAAGAGCGGCGAUGAAGGUGGUUCACGUCAACUGCUUGGAAGAUAACUACGCCUACAUAAUCGUGAACGAGUCUUCCGGGGAGGCGGCGGCCGUCGACCCCGUUGAGCCCGAAAAGGUUUUGUGGGAGGCCAAGCAGAUCGGUGCCGACCUCAAGUUUGUGCUCACCACUCACCAUCACUGGGAUCAUGCAGGGGGGAAUGAGAAGAUGAAGGAGUUGGUGCCGGGGAUCAAGGUCUAUGGUGGAUCAAAAGAUUCUGUACGAGGUUGCACGGAUACUUUGGAGAACAAGGAUAAGUUGGCUCUUGGGCCAGAUAUCGAAAUAGUUGCUCUCCAUACACCAUGCCAUACUAAAGGUCAUAUAAGUUAUUAUGUGACUGACAAAGGGGAAAAUCCAGCUGUCUUUACUGGGGAUACACUGUUUAUUGCUGGUUGCGGAAAGUUCUUUGAAGGUACUGCAGAACAGAUGUAUCAAUCUCUGUGUGUCACAUUAGGUUCACUACCAAGGCCUACUCGUGUUUAUUGUGGUCAUGAGUACACUGUGAAGAACCUCCAAUUUGCAUCAACUGUUGAACCAGACAAUCAAAGGGUAUUAGAUAAGCUUUCUUGGGCUAAAAGUCAACGCCAGUUAAACCAACCUACAAUUCCUUCAACGCUUGAGGAAGAAUUCCAAACUAAUCCAUUCAUGCGAGUUGACUUACCAGAGAUACAGGCUAAAGUUGCCUGCAAUUCUCCGAUUGAGGCCUUGAUGAAACUUAGGUCAAUGAAAGACGCGUGGAGAGGGUGAAAAGAAGAGGUUUGGCUUCUUUGAAAAGGUGUUCGAGUUUGUAGUUAAAAAUGGCUCAUGUUGUGGAUGAAAAUAACAUGUCUCACUUUUGUGUAAUAAUAAUGAACCAUUAUCAGCUUUCAGCUUUUAACUA